CUACCCGAAAGAAAUGCAGGGAGGGAGCAGUCAGUCUCUUUCUGCUUGCGGAGGUGUGGGAGAAGCUGCACGGAGGGAGCCCCGAGAUCCAGGCUGUGAAAUGGCAUCGGAGUGACAUUCUAGGUCCUUCCCCCUUUCUCUAGAGGGGAAACAGCCACUAUGUGGCCAGCUCAGGGUCUGGUGACCUUUGAGGAGGUGGCCUUGCAUUUCCCAGAGGAUGAAUGGGCCCUGUUGGAUCCAGGCCAGAGAGCCCUUUACAUGGAGGUCAUGGCGGACGUUCAUGAGAUGAUAACCUCCCUGGGAGGUGUCCGGAGGAUCAUGGCUGAGGGGGAACCCUCAGAAAUGUCACCAGAAAGACCUGAAGAGCAGAAGAAGGAACAAGAAGUGGGGAGUCAAGAUGGAGCAGAGAGGGAAGAGGAGAGCAAAAUGCAGAAGCCGGGAGAUGAAUCCAGAACUUCUCAGGGUGGUGAAUAUAAAAUUCAACAGGAAACUCAUUGCCCAAAGGAAAUGAGAAUGCUUCCUGAGUGCAGUAAAAUCUUAAGCUGCCAACAAGUCCUCAAACAGCGAGGGCAUAUGACGGAGAAGGCAUACAAUUUUUUGGAAUGUGGGAAGGGAUUCCUUGAUAAAUCGAGCCUUGCUAGACACCAGACAGUUCACGCUAGAGAGAAACUGAAUUCAUCCUUAAGCUGUGGGGAAAGUAUCAGUAUUAGUCAGAGUGGAAGGCUCAGUUCCCUUCAAAAACAGCAUAUAGGAAAAAACACAUAUAAAUUCACUGAAGGUGGCAACAGCUGUUCUGAUCAGUCAGUGAUUGUUAGGCAUGAGACGAUAUACACUGCAGAGAAGUUGUAUGAAUGCUUGGAGUGUGGUGAAAACUUCAGGCAGGAUUAUCAACUGGCUAGACAUCAGAGAAGUCAUACAGGGGGAAAAGCAUAUAUAUGGCCUGACUAUGGGAAAUGUUUCACCCAAAGAUAUAAUCUGACAAGACAUCAGAAGACUCACACAGGCAAGAAGCCAUAUACGCACUCUGACGGUGGGGAACAUCAAAGAGAGGAGAAAAAGUAUGAAUGCUUGGAGUGUGGAAAGAGAUUUUGUCACAGGUCAAAUCUUUCUGUACAUAAAAGAGUACAUGCAGGACACAAACCAUAUAAAUGCUUGGAGUGUGGAAAGAGCUUCAGUCAGAGCGGCAACCUUACUGUGCAUCAAAGAACCCAUUCAGGGGACAAACCUUAUAAAUGCUUGGAGUGUGGAAAGAGCUUCAGUCAGAGUGCUACCUUUAGUAUACAUGAAAGAACUCACACAGGGGACAAACCUUAUAAAUGCUUGGAGUGUGGAAAGAGCUUCAAUUGCAGUAGCUCCCUUACUAUGCAUCAAAGAACUCAUACAGGGGACAAACCUUAUAAAUGCUACGAGUGUGGAAAGAGCUUCAGUCAGAGUAGCGACGUUACCAAACAUCAAAGAAUCCAUACAGGGGACAAACCUUAUAAAUGUUUGGAGUGUGGGAAGAGCUUCAGUCACAGUAGCUCCCUUACUGUGCAUCAAAGAACUCAUACAGGGGACAAACCUUAUAAAUGCUUGGAAUGUGGAAAGAGCUUCAGUCAGAGUAGCAAGCUUACUAUGCAUCAAAGAAUCCAUACAGGGGACAAACCUUAUAAAUGUUUGGAGUGUGGGAAGAGCUUCAGUCACAGUAGCUCCCUUACUGUGCAUCAAAGAACUCAUACAGGGGACAAACCUUAUAAAUGCUUGGAGUGUGGAAAGAGCUUCAGUCAGAGCAGAAACCUUACUGUGCAUCAAAGAACCCAUUCAGGAGACAAACCUUAUAAAUGCUUGGAGUGUGGAAAGGACUUCAGUAACAGUAGCGCCUUUACAAUGCACCAAAGAACCCAUUCAGGGGAGAAACAUAAAUGUUUGGAGUGUGACAAAAGCUUUAGUCGAGUUGACAGCCUUACUGUGCAUCAAAGAACUCAUACAGGGGACAAACCUUAUAAAUGUUUGGAGUGUGGGAAGAGCUUCAGUCGGAGUGGCAAUGUUACCAAACAUCAAAGAAUUCAUACAGGGGACAAACCUUAUCAAUGCUUGGAGUGUGGAAAGAGCUUCCGUGAGAGUGGCCACCUUACUUCGCACCAAAGAAUUCAUACAGGGGAGAAACCUCAUCAAUGCUUGGAGUGUGGAAAGAGCUUCAGUCGGAGUGGCCACCUUACUUCGCACCAAAGAAUUCAUACAGGGGACAAACCUCAUCAAUGCUUGGAGUGUGGAAGGAGCUUCAGUCGGAGUGGCCACCUUGCUUUGCAUCAAAGAACUAACACAGGAGACAAACCUUAUAAAUGCUACGAGUGUGGAAAGAGCUCCAAUUGCACUAGCUCCCUUACUAUGCAUCAAAGAAUCCAUACAGGGGACAAACCUUAUAAAUGUUUGGAGUGUGGGAAGAGCUUCAGUCACAGUAGCUCCCUUACUGUGCAUCAAAGAACUCAUACAGGGGACAAACCUUAUAAAUGUUUGGAAUGUGGGAAGAGCUUCAGUCGGAGUAGCAUCCUUACUAUGCAUCAAAGAACUCAUACAGGUGACAAACCUUAUAAAUGCUUGGAGUGCGGAAAGAGCUUCAGUCAGAGUGGCAAGCUUACUAUGCAUCAAAGAACCCAUUCAGGAGACUAACCUUAUAAAUGCUUGGAGUGUGGAAAAGACUUCAGUAACAGUAGCGCCUUUACAAUGCACCAAAGAAUCCAUUCAGGGGAGAAACAUAAAUGUUUUGAGUGUGGAAAAAGCUUUAGUCAAGUUGGCAGCCUUACUGUUCAUCAAAGAAUUCAUGCAGGGGACAAACCUUAUAAAUGUUUGGAGUGUGGAAAGAGCCAGGCGGAGUAACAUCCUUACUGUGCAUCAAAGAACUAAAGGGCACAAACCUUAUUCAUAUUUGGAGUGUGGAAAUCGCCAGAAUGGUAAUCAUCAGGCACAUCAAACCAUCCACACGGGGAAAGCCAUACACAUUCCUUUAAUGUGGAAUCAUAGAAUAGUAGAGUUUGAAAGGGCCUUUAAGGCCAUCAAGUCCAACCCCCUGCUCAAUGCAGGAAUCCAUAUCAAAGCAUUCCCAGCAGAUGGCUGUCCAGCUUCCUCUUGAAUGCCUCCAGUGUCGGAGAGCCCACUACCUCUCUAGGGAAUUGGUUCCAUUGUCGUAUGGCUCUAACAGUUAGGAAGUUUUUCCUGAUGUCCAGUCAAAAUCUGGCUUCCUGCAACUUGAGCCCAUUAUUCCGUGUCCUGCACUCUGGGACGAUCGAGAAGAGAUCCCAGCCCUCCUCUGUGUGACAACCUUUCAUGUACUUGAAGAGUUUCUAGUCCUCUGAUCAUCCAUAUUGCCCUCCUCUGAGCCAGUUAUCUGCAUCCUUCUUGAAGUGCAGAGACCAGAACUGGACGCAGUAUUCACGAUGAAGCCUAACCAGUGCUGAAUAGAGGGGAACUAAUACUUCACGCGAUUUGGAAACUAUACUUCUGUUAAUGCAGCCUAAUAAAGCAUUUGCCUUUUUUGCAGCCACAUCACACUAUUGGCUCAUAUUCAGCUUGUGAUCAACGACAAUUCCAAGAUCCUUCUCACAUGUCGUAUUGCUGAGCCAAGUAUCCCCCAUCUUAUAACUUAGGUUUCUUUUUCCUAAGUGUAGAACUUUUCUUUUAUCCCUCUUGAAUUUUAUUCUGUUGUUUUCAGCCCAAUGCUCCAGCUUAUCAAGGUCCCUUUGAAUUUUGUUUCUGUCUUCCCUGGUAUUAGGUAUGCCCCCCAAUUUUGUAUUAUCUGCAAAUUUGAUAAGCAUGCUGUGUACCUCAUCCAAGUUGUCAAUAAAAAUGUUGAAGAGCACUGGGCCCAGGACCGAGCCCCGUGGUACCCCACUCGUUACUUCCGCCCAGUUUGAGAAGGAACCAUUGAUAAGCACUCUUUGAGUACGAUUCUGGAGCCAACUGCAGAUCCACCUGAUAGUUGUUCCAUCUAGCCCACAUUUAGCUAGCUUGCUAAUCAGAAUACCAUGGGGCACUUUGUCAAAAGCUUUGCUGAAGUCAAGAUAUAUUAUGUCCACAGUAUUCCCACAGUCUACAAGGGAGGUUAAUUGACCAAAAAACGAAAUAAGAUUAGUUUGACAGGAUUUGUUCUUCAUAAAUCCAUGUUGGGUCCUUGUAAUCACUGCAUCGCUUUCAAGGUGCUUACAGAUUGACUGCUUUAUCAUCUGCUCCAGAAUUUUUCCAGGGAUUGAUGUUAGGCUGACUGGUCUGUAGUUCCCCGAUUCCUCCUUCUUGCCCUUUUUGAAGAUAGGGACAACAUUAGCUCUCCUCCAGUCAUCCGGCACUUCACCGGUCCUCUAUGAUUUCUCAAAGAUAAUAGACAGAGGUUCUGAGAGUUCCAAUCCUGACCUUUCUACUUCAUGUUUCCCGGGAGGGUCAUAGGCCCUUCUUUGGGAGAAGACUGAGCCAAAGUAGGAAUUGAGCACUUCUGCCUUUUCUUUGUCAUCUGUUAUCAUUUUGCCAUCCUCAUUUAGUAGCAGUGCCACGAUUUCUUUUCUUUAUCUUUUACUAUGGACAUACCUGAAGAAAGCUUUUUUGUUGCUUUUAGCAUCCCUCGCUAGCCUCAGCUCAUUCUCAGCUUUAGCCUUCCUGACGCCAUCUCUGCAAUUCCGUUGUACCUGCCUGUACUCUUCCUUUGUGGCCUGGCCUUCUUUCCACUUCCUGUAUGUGCCCUUUUUUGUUUUCAGGUCAGCUCUAAGCUUUUUGUGAAGCCACACUGGCUUCUUCUGCUGUUUCCCCCCUUUUUUCCUUGUUGGAAUUGCUUGCCAUUGUGCUUUUACAAUUUCCUUUUUUAGAAACAAAAGAGGAAGAGUAGAAAAAGAGGAAGGCCAAACGAGAUGGAUUGAUUCCAUAAAGGAAGCCACUGACCUGAACUUACAAGACCUGAACAGAUGCUCUUGGGGUAGCUGAUUCAUAGGGUCGCCGUAAGUUGUAAUCGAGAGAAUUGGCAAGGAUAAAUUAAAGUAGAAUGUGACAUCGUUUGAAGCUAGAGGGGGGAGCUGAGGGGAUUUUUAUAUAUAUAUAUAUACAUAUAGGAGAAUAUAUUUUCCUAGAAAAGUAUAGGGUCUUAAUAAAACAGAGAAGUAGCAGGCCAGCUAAGUGAUCUUCAGCCUUGUUCCGAACUGGUAUGCAUGGUAACCAUGGUAACUAGCUCAAGGAAAAGAUAAGAAGGAAGAGGACUGGAACAGAACAUUCCCUUUUCAAGGGCUUGAUAAGAAUUAAGGCUGUAAUAGAGAACUGCGCUGGUAUGAAAGUUGCUGUGAAUGUUUUAAUUGGCUUUAAUGCUUAGCUAAUGCUUGGUUGGAGACUCGUGAUUCGUUAAUGCUAAUUUCUUUGUCCUGAAAUGUAUAAAACUCCAGGCAUGCAGCACCAUGUUGCAGAGGUUCACCAACAUCAUGGGAGUCUGACCGUGCUUGCAUUUCCUUUUAAUAAAGGCCUAGUUUUUGCUGCAAGCCUGUUCUUCAGGACCCCCGGUCCAGCGAAUCCCUAAAUUCCCCGUCACCAGGUCAAGCCUUCACAACAGCACAACCAUAUCUACUCAGAAGUCAGCCCUAUUGAGUUCUAUGGGGCUUAGUCCCUUAGUAAGCGUGUUUAGAACUGCAGCCUUCAGGGUCAUCCAUCUUUACUCCUGAGUGCUCUCAUCUAACAUCUCCACAAUACUGGGCACCUUUCGUCCUACAAUGGCUUUCUGGUGACUGACCUGGCCUGAGGACACUUAAAUCCUUCUUGCCAGAAGCAGUGAAGAGAGAUAAGGAGUGAUGUUUAGUCGCUCUUCGUAAGUUUCCAUGAAAACAAUGCUUUGCUUUUAACUGUAUAUAAACAUGGGUGCUGACUUUUCCUCGGAGAAUUCCUCAGUCCUAUGAUGGCCUGAUUGGAAUAUCUCCAAUGCAUUGGCUAAUAAAGACUUUUUAACUUUUAGACUCAG